AUGGGGCUCGUGGACUACUCAGACAGCGAGAGCGAUGGCGAAGGUGCGCCCACCCAAUCAGCCAAGCCAUCAGCACCAAUACCAGCAGCGAAGCCAGUCUUCCAGAAAGCAGCACCAGGAAAGAUUCAAGUCAGUCUUCCUAGCCUCAAGGCAGAGCCACGACAGAACGGUGAUGCGGCAGCCGAGCCACCGUCGAAAAGAGCGCGCACACGAGGUGUUUUCAGUGGAUUCAAUGCGCUAUUGCCAGCGCCCAAACGGACAGCACAAAAUGCUCCCAAGGCCGGAGUCAGCCUGAAGACCAGCAGUGAAGCUGCCUUUAGUCGGAAUCCACUACCACAAGCGGUAGAGCAAGAAGAGUACGUAGCGCCAACAUUGAAUGAAGGCUCGGCGGAGAAGGACGCCGAGCCUGCGAAAGAGCCGAAAUUAGUUGGCAAAGCCACGAGAUUUCUGCCUCUCAGUGUUUCUGGCAAGAAGAAAAAGAAGCCUAUAGCAAAACCUCCUCCGGUAGCGAACGAACAAGAGGCGCCAAACCCAAAGCCUAAAAAGUCAUUGUUCUCAGUGACUCAAGAAGACGAUGUAGCUGUGGUAGAUUCGCCGUCUGGGGAGUACGAGCCUAUAACGAUCGAUCGAAGUACGGCCUCAACGACACAAGAGGCAGAGCUUCCAGCAUCAGCACAAUACUCAACGCCAGCAGACCCCAACUCUCUUGAAGCGGUGGCGGCAGACUUGAAUCUCACGCCGGCUCAAAGAAGGCAGCUAUUCGGUAGACAAGGGAAAGGUGCUAAUGUCACACACUUCAACCUGGAUGCCGAAUAUCGCAAGAAUGAGGAGCUCCGAGCAGCUGGAGAGGUCGUUGAACAUAAAGCUGUCAAGGCUAUCGCACCUGGCAAGCACAGUCUGCAACAACUUGUCAACAACGCCCGUACGCAAGAGGAUGCGAUGGAAGAUAAAUGGGCGGAAGGUAGGAGAGCCAGGGGCGAAGGUAGUAGCAAGUAUGGUUGGAGCAGUGGGAGAUGA